CGCGUCAGUCGAGUGCUGGCACUCAGCGCGAUGAGAGCUCGAGCGAGAGAUGCGAGUGAGCGCGCGUCGUGACGGCGGCGGCGGCAUGUGAUGUUCCGGAGGCGAGCGCUGCGGCGGCGGCUGGUGGCCGCGGGCGCGCCGGCGGUCCCUGACGAGCAGCUGCGGGGGCUGGCGCGGGCGCUGGACGCGGGCGGCGGGGACUGCGUGCCCAGCGCCGAGCCCGCGCCGCUGCGCCUGGCCGCCGCGCGCGCCUGCCGCUGGCCAGACCUGAAGGACGCGACUGAACUCCGCCGGAUGCCCCUCUGCAAGGACCCGCACUGCUGCAACCCUUACCACUGGAGCCGCCUGUGCGAGCCCGAAACCCCCCCACCUCCCUAUAGCCGGUACGCGAUGGACGAAAUAAAGAAACCUAAAGAGCACGUGUCGAGCAGCACCGACGGAAGGCGCACGGACCACGAGCGGCUGCCCACCGGCUCGCUCACCACUGACGGGGAAGAAAAGCCAAGUUGGGAGUCAGAAUGGUGCCGGCUGGCGUACUGGGAGUUGACCACCCGGGUCGGGAGGCAGUUCGGAGUGCGACUCCGGGCCGUGGACGUGUUCGGGGGCGGCGCGGGGGCGGGGGCGGGCAACGGCCUGUGCCUCGACGCCUUGGAGACCAAGCCCGACGCACCGCAGAUUGAACAGGUGCGGAAGACCAAGGCCAAGAUAGGUCUGGGCGUGACGCUGUCUCUGGAGGCAGACGGGGUGUGGCUGUACAACCGCAGCUCAGAACCUGUGUUCGUGAGCUCCCCAGCUCUUGACGCGGCGGCUGCCAAGGCUCUCCUGGUGUGGAGAGUGGCCCCUGGCCACUGUCUCUGCAUCUUCGAUCCCGCCGCGCCCCCCCCGCCCCGCUGCCAGCCCCACGUGGGCCCAGUGGACCCCCGAUCUGUUCGGAUCUCCUUCGCCAAGGGCUGGGGGCCCAAGUACCACCGGCGUGACGUCACGGCCUGCCCCUGCUGGCUCGAGGUGAUGCUGGCGCCGCCUAGCUGACGCGAAACUAGGGCAUCCGAGGGGAACAGUGCAAAAGACUACAAGUGAUGAAGUGAAGACAUUUUGAUAUGAAAGACUGCAACGCAGAUUUAAACAAUUUAUUAUUGUUGGACGUUAUUUACGUUUUUGUACAGUGGAUGAGUGAAGGUUCAGGAGAACGUGUAUUUAUACCGGGGUUCAUUAGAAAGUGGAAUAAAAUUGACAUCCCUAUCUGCAAUGGGAAAUUCACAAGUUUGAUAAUUCUUAUGAACAAAAUAACAUAAUGUACGGAGGCCUUGUAAACUUAUUUGAAGCUGCAUUGUGAUUGGCACGCUGUAGGUAGGAAUAUAAAGAAUUUCUAAUUAAAUAUAAGAAAGUGUGGGAAAACUGUAAUAAAUUAAUGAAAAUCACAUUAAACCUCACGUUCCCUUCAUUCCAUUAUGUCAUAUUAAUAUUUCUCUCGCUCAGAUUGGGAUUUAGCCAAUUUUGUGUCGAGUGAAAAAUACAUAAAUUGUAUUAGGUUUUCCCACAUCUUGUCAAAAAUUAUGCCAUCCAAAUUAUGAGGCCUUGAAAAGCUGUGUAAAUAUAUAUGCCGUGGAGUCAUCUACUCUUUUAUAUACUUGCAUAAAAUUUGUAUAUAACAUAAAAAUAACUAUAUAUUUAGAUGAACUCGGCUUUAAAAAAUUGCGAGACUGUACAUAAACUUAAAGUUAUGUGUAUUAUAAAUAUUUGUAACUUUAUUUUUAAUUGAGAAUAUGCCUUACUUUAUACGUUACGUUUAAGGGUAGUUUUAGUCAUAUUUUUGUACAAAAGUAAAUAAGUGUAUGAAAUAUUUGACACGACGAAUGUUGUGAGCAAGUGGAAUCUGUUGAAGUGACCCAGGCUGUGUGACCACGCAUUUUAUGAAGUGUACCUUAGUGUAGGUCCCCGACGACCUCACGACUGUCGGGAGGCCGCCAGUCGGCGCCAAACACAAACACCAUAAAUAACAAAUUCAUAGAUUUUCAGCUCCGUCUCCUACCGUUAGAUUACUUUAACUUUCAAAAGACAAAAUUUAUUAGCUAAAUUAUAGGUAACUAAUUCAUUAAUUUCUUUAUAUUUUCAAUGAUCUUUUCUGAUCAUAAUAAAUCUGUAUUGAAAGAUCUGCUAAUCACGCUAACAUCUUAAUGAUCAUUAAAAUUCAAACAAACAACCAGACCAGUGAAGUAAUUUUUAUAGAGACAUUCUUAUAGAUUUUUAGAGAAUUUUAAGAGUUUUAACGAAAGCUAACUUAGUGCAAGUCAGAGUAAACAAUGUUCUAAAAUUAAAUAUAAAGAGACAUAUUUAUUGUCCAAUACAGUUAGGUAAGUAGGUAUGUAAUAUUGUGCCUUGUGUUGUAUGCAGAGUAUAUACCUAGGGUAAAUAAACAGUCAAUUUAUAUUCACUGGCCUCGUUAAAUUAAAUGUUUACGAAGUUAUUGGUAGUUAUUAUAUAAAUACCCAUGAUAACCUCGAAUUUAAGAAUUACCUAAUGCAUGUUGUGAGUGUGGGCAAAGUAAGCGAGUUGACAAUAAGAAAUUACAUUCUAGUCUUUAAAAUCUUACUUUGUCUCGGAAACACUCUUUCUAUUUAUAAAAUACACAAUUUCGGCCAGUUUAAACUUUGUAAGUUUAGUGCAAUAUCCCGCAAGCUCCAAUUUAUUUAUUUCCAGAAUCAGCAAAUAGCUAAAUGUGUAAAUAUUCCAAUAUUUGUUUGUACAAAUACCAUAUUAAUUUAUUACAACAACUAUGCUGUCACAAAAGCAAAAUGUAUGUGUUUUGCUCCUUUGUAUGAAAUGGGACUACGAGUAAUAUAAGUGAAUUGUGCAGUUAGUCAUUAUUUGUACUGAUGUACUGAUUACCUAUAAUAGGACAGACAUGUAAAUAAAAGUUAAAAAGUCUAAGGUUUCAAUAAAACAUGUACAAAUGACCUAACAUUAUUCUACACUACCGGACAAAAGGCCAUCGUUAUUCGUCAAGAUCCUAACGGUUUUCUAAAGCUCUUGUAAAAGCUUACCGACUUUUUUAUCGAACCUUAGACUUUUCAAGAUAGAAAAGAGAUAAGAAUAGUUUUAAUUCUUCUCUCUUUUCUGUCUCAGUUUGUGAGAGUUCUUCCGGAGGCGAGGCGGUCGGAGAAUGAGAUUAGGUUUAAACGAUAAAAUAAAAGAAGAGAAUAUUUUUAAA